AUGCGCCCUGUCGUCCCCGAAUUCUCCCCCUCACCCCCUCGUAAGCUAUCCUCCGCCGACCCUUCCGCUCCAUCAUGGUCCGACACCCAGUCCGGACCUGGUGUCCCGACCUCAUUUUUCCUAGCCCGAGAGACCAGUGACGACAUGGUCUCUUCAAGAGAUAGUACAUUCGGAGUCCAGAGUCUAGAAAACACGAUUAGUGCUGCAGAUAUCUCUUGUUCGUUCAAAGACGACUCUUAUCAUCAUGAAUCUACGGAUCCGUCCUCAAAACGUAGGACCACUUUUAAACCAUCAGAUCUACUCCAUCACAUCGAUCGAUUGGAUACACCAUUGUCCAAAGCUAUUUCUCGGGCUUCCCCGGCACCCUCACGUCCGCUCACUCCGUUUAACCUGAAUGAUGAUCCGUCCUCCAUGCCGAGUAGUCCCAAAUCGAUAUCGAGUCGGUCUUUCAAACUGUUGGAUGACAUAUCAAUCACAGACGAAAUCAGUAGCCAAACCCUGGUGUCAAGCGGUGAAGAGGAAGACACCCCGGAGAUGAGUGAGCUUACUCAACAUGGAGUAGGCGAUAGCUCUUCGCAAUUGAUUAUGCCGAGCAUUCGAAUGCCAAGUCGACGUCCGUUUACCGAAAGAGGCAAGGCUAUUGGCCGUUUCAAGAUUCUUGUAGCUGGACCAAAAGGUUCCGGAAAGUCGUCAUUGAUCAGGUCAAUCGUCCAAGUAUGUGACGAUAUUGUGCACGUUGACCUUGUCGAAAACUCAGGUCAACUGGAACAUGGUCGACCUUAUUCAAGGGCGAAUUUUAAAAAGUCCAAUGCAGCCAUGAUUUCCGAAAUCUAUGCAAGCACCAAGCCAUACCCGCGGUGGUGGUCCGAUCUCGAGGAUUCGCGUAUCCUCAAGCGACGGAAGAAUAGUGGAGAAGUCGUGCUCGAGCGAAAUUUAUGUUUUGUUGAUACAACGGUUUCAAGCAACGGUACAGGCCAGCCUGACCAGAAUAUAGAGGUUAUCAUACAGUAUAUGAAACAACAAUUGUCCCGUGCUAUUGCCUCCAUCAGCCACCCUGGUUCCGAACUUCAAAAUAUGCUGGGUGGAAAUGGCGGCUCUCAGGUUGACCUGAUCCUUUAUCUUAUCUCCGAAGACACCCUUUCAUACGAUAUUGAAUGCAUUCUCAAAUUAUCUGAUUUUAGCAACGUCAUCCCCUUGAUAUCGAAAGCUGAUUUGCUAUCCGAAUCUCAAAUAACGUCGCUUAAAAGCUCUUUUCAUAGUCAAAUCGCACAAAAUAGCCCACAGUUAUUCUCCUUCGAAGACAGGAAUGUAUCAGAGGGCAAGCAAUCUCAGUCGCCAUUUGCCGUCUCUUCGAUGCAGUCUAAUGACGAUGACAAUAUGGAUGCCAGUGUGUUGAUGAGUCCAGACUAUGUCCCACCUCUGGUUACAUCUGAAAUUGGCAAUCUGAUUGAUAAGAUUUUCGAUACUGAUAAUAUGUCCUGGCUGCGUCAUGCUGCAGCUAAAAAGCUAACCCGAAAUGGAACAAUGUUGACUGCACAGCGUGCGGAUACUGCUGUUAAACGUCAGCGAUCUAAGAGCCCUGGAAAUGUCAUUGCGGCACCUAAUCCAGCUUUCAACAAUGCAGUGCUGGCUCCAUUUAGUGCUUUUGGCGGAGCUCCUAACUAUGCUUUGGCACGAGUAAACGAUUACACACAACACGAAGAGAAACUGGCUCAAGUGCGAUUGGCAAAAUGGGCCGCCGAUCUACAGCAGAGUCUACAAAACGAACGCGAAAGAUACGCUGCACUUGCUCGAGGGGAAAGAGCAGCUUGGCUGACCGAGCGUCUUGGAGAAUGCGUGAUCGAUGGCACACUUGUUCCCAUUCAAGACACACCUGGCUUUCCACGGUGGGAUGUUAAUACCGACAAACACUCAGGCGCGAUUGUGGUACGGACUUCCAAUGGACAGACCGCAAAAUAUCGCCUCACAAAGCUCAAUCCUGAGGAUCCCCUGGGAUUGGUUCGAUGGAAUGAGGAUCUUCGUCGCCGUGGUUGGAUGAUUGUGCAAGUAGUUGGUAGUUUCGGAGUUGUUGGUGGUUUGGCGCUUUGGCUAGCCAAACAUUGCAAGCUCCAACUCUACGAGGCAGAUGAGACCAAGCAACGGGGACCUCAGGGAAGCCGGUUAUUGAUUGAUGGACAGACAGCCCUAACUCAGAACUUGAGUAGGAUGGCCAAGGUGUAUAAGCUACCAGCACGGCAGUCGACGAUUUCAGACCAUAAUAUUUCCCGCAGAUGUACCACCAAGAGACGCCUUAAGAAGAAACGACAUGUUAAACGCACUAGACUUCUCUUGUACCUCUGUGAAUCUCUUAAUUUCCCAACCCUUCCUACUUUGAUACCCUUUUCGCAUUCACACAUCACAUCCAUCAAAAUGUCAGAGACAUUCGAGUUUCAGGCUGAGAUCUCUCAGCUCUUGUCCCUCAUUAUCAACACCGUCUACUCGAACAAGGAGAUCUUCUUGCGAGAACUCAUCUCCAACUGUUCCGAUGCCUUGGACAAGAUUCGCUAUGAGGCCCUUUCAGACCCAUCCAAGCUCGACACGGGCAAGGAUCUCCGUAUCGACAUUACCCCCGACAAGGAGAACAAGACCAUCACCAUCCGCGAUACCGGUAUUGGUAUGACCAAGGCUGAUCUCAUCAACAACCUCGGCACAAUUGCCCGCUCCGGUACCAAGCAGUUCAUGGAGGCCCUGACUGCUGGUGCUGAUAUCUCCAUGAUCGGUCAGUUCGGUGUCGGUUUCUACUCUGCAUACCUCGUCGCCGACAAGGUCACCGUCAUCUCCAAGCACAACGAUGAUGAGCAGUACAUCUGGGAGUCCAGCGCCGGUGGUACCUUCACUCUUACUCAGGACACUGAGGGUGAGCCCCUUGGCCGUGGUACCAAGAUGAUCCUUCACUUGAAGGACGAGCAGACCGAAUUCCUCCAGGAGAGCAAGAUCAAGGAGAUUGUCAAGAAGCACUCCGAGUUCAUCUCCUACCCCAUCUACCUCCACAUCAUGAAGGAGGUCGAGAAGGAGGUCCCCGAAGAUGAUGCUGAGGAGGCAAAGGAGGAAGAAGAUGGCGAGAAGAAGCCCAAGAUCGAGGAGGUCGAUGACGAGGAGGAAGAAAAGAAGGAGAAGAAGACCAAGAAGAUCAAGGAGUACAAGAUGGAGGAGGAGGAGCUCAACAAGACCAAGCCCAUCUGGACUCGUAACCCCGCUGAUAUCACCCAGGAGGAAUACGCUUCCUUCUACAAGACUCUCUCCAACGACUGGGAGGACCACCUUGCUGUCAAGCACUUCUCUGUUGAGGGUCAGCUCGAGUUCCGUGCCAUCCUCUUCGUUCCCAAGCGUGCUCCCUUCGACCUUUUCGAAACUAAGAAGACCAAGAACAAUAUCAAGUUGUACGUCCGUCGUGUCUUCAUCACUGAUGACGCCUCCGACCUCAUCCCUGAGUGGCUUAGCUUCAUCAAGGGUGUUGUUGACUCUGAGGAUCUCCCUCUCAACUUGUCUCGUGAGACGCUCCAGCAGAACAAGAUCAUGAAGGUCAUCAAGAAGAACAUCGUUAAGAAGACCCUUGAGCUCUUCAACGAGAUCGCUGAGGACCGUGAGAUGUUCGACAAGUUCUACUCUGCUUUCAGCAAGAACAUCAAGCUCGGUAUCCACGAAGACGCCCAGAACCGCCAGACUCUUGCCAAGCUCCUCCGCUACAACUCCACCAAGUCCGGUGACGAGAUGACCUCUCUCACUGACUACAUCACUCGUAUGCCCGAGCACCAGAAGCAGAUCUACUACAUCACUGGCGAGUCUCUCAAGGCUGUCCAGAAGUCUCCUUUCCUCGACACCCUCAAGCAGAAGAACUUCGAAGUCUUGUUCCUUGUUGACCCCAUCGAUGAGUAUGCUUUCACUCAGUUGAAGGAGUUCGAUGGCAAGAAGCUUGUCGACAUCACCAAGGACUUCGAGCUUGAGGAGACUGAGGAGGAGAAGGCCGAGCGUGAGAAGGAGGAGAAGGAAUUCGAGCCUCUCGCCAAGAGCCUCAAGAACAUUCUCGGCGACAAGGUCGAGAAGGUUGUUGUGUCCCACAAGCUUGUCGGUGCUCCUUGCGCUAUCCGUACCGGCCAGUUCGGUUGGUCCGCCAACAUGGAGCGUAUCAUGAAGGCCCAGGCUCUCCGUGACACCUCCAUGAGCUCCUACAUGGCGUCCAAGAAGACUUUCGAGAUCUCUCCCAAGUCUCCUAUCAUCAAGGAGCUCAAGAAGAAGGUUGAGGCCGAUGGCGAGAACGACCGCACCGUCAAGUCCAUCACUCAGCUCCUCUUCGAGACCUCUCUCUUGGUUUCUGGAUUCACCAUUGAUGACCCUGCCAGCUUCGCUGAGCGCAUUCACAAGCUCAUCUCUCUCGGCUUGAACGUCGAAGAGGACGUCGAGGCCGCAGAGGAGAAGGAUGGCGAGGAAACCGCCGCUGCCGAAGCCACCGGUGAGAGCGCUAUGGAGGAAGUCGACUAA